GAGUUGCGGAUUGCUGAAGACAGCGUGGCCAACUGCAACGACGGACCAGGGCAACCCAACAUGAGAGCUACAAUGAAGCUACUUGAAGAUGUGCUGAUGCAAUGCUAUCCACUGAGGAGCCGCGGAUUGCCGAAGACAGCCAGCGUGGCGGCCAACUGCAACGACGCACCAGGGCAACCCCACCGGGAAGCUACAAUGAAGCUACUUGAAGAUGUGCUGAUGCAAUGCUAUCCACUGAGGACCCGCAGAUUGCCGAAGACAGCCAGCGUGGCAGCCAACUGCAACGACGCACCAGGGCAACCCAACCGGGAAGCUACAAUGAAGCUACUUGAAGGUGUGCUGAUGCAAUGCUAUCCACUGAGGAGCCGCAGAUUGCCGAAGACAGCCAGCGUGGCGGCCAACUGCAACGACGCACCAGGGCAACCCAACUGGGAUACAAUGAAACUACUUGAAGAUGUGCUGAAGCUACUUGAAGGUGUGCUGAUGCCCUAA